UGUCACUUUCGGAGAAGGGGAGGCUUCCAGGCAAGUCAAAACUAGGUUCUUGGUGAUCGACUGCAAAACCCUGUACAACUGCAUCAUCGGACGCCCCACUCUGGCCGAACUGACCGCCGUACCCUCCACAGUCCACCUGAAGAUGAAGUUCUACACGAGGACCGGACGAGUGGCCACCAUCAACGCCGAUAUCGAAGCAGCCAGAAGAAUCUUCGACGCUUCCGUCAAAGGAUUAGAACUGAUCGCUCCGCCGACCAGCUCCAACAAAAAGCCAAGGGCCGAAGACAAGCAUCCUCGAGAAGACCAGCAUCAGACAACCAACGUCAGCUCGGUCGACCUGGACGCCCGGUUUGCAGAAGAAGAACAAAAGACUGGGGAAGAGUCGAGAUCUAAAUCACCUCACCCCUUCCGACCAGUUCCGGACGGAGAUUUCGAGCUGGUCCCCUUGGGCGAAAACCCUGACAAAGCAGUGAAAAUCGGUAAGGGGAUCCCAGACCUUCCGAGGAAGCAGCUCAUAGCCUGUCUUCGAGCCAAUGCUGAUCUGUUCGCUUGGAGCGCCGCGGAAAUGCCCGGACUCGACCCUGAGGUCGCCUGCCACCACCUCUCCAUCAAUCCAGCCGCAAAGGCCGUAGUUCAACGUAGGCGUCGGCAGUCUCCCGAGAAAGCGGAGGCUGCCGAGAAAGCUGUAAAAGACCUCUUAGAGGCAAAUUUUAUUUCCGAGGCCAAGUAUUCAACUUGGCUCUCAAACGUUGUACUUGUUAAGAAAUCUAAUGGAAAAUGGAGAAUGUGUGUUGAUUAUACUGAUGUUAACCGGGCAUGUCCAAAAGACGCCUAUCCGUUACCAAACAUUGAUAGACUGGUCGACAACUCGGCCGGCUAUAAAUUAUUAUCUUUUAUGGAUUCUUAUUCAGGUUACAACCAGAUCCCGAUGGCGAGGAGCGACAAGCAGUACACGGCGUUCAUGACCGAGUCGGGCAAUUACUACUACAACGUAAUGCCCUUCGGUCUCAAAAACGCGGGCUCCACGUAUCAACGGAUGAUGAACAAAGUGUUCCAAGGGGAGAUCGGCGAUACCCUCGAGGUAUACAUGGACGAUAUGAUCGUCAAGUCUCGGGGGGACACCGACCACACCUCCCAUCUCGAGCGCUAUGAGAGCAGGAAGGCGUUAAAAGCUCAGGCGCUGGCGGACUUCGUAGCCGAAAUGACCUCUAUCACCGACUCACCCUACGCAACUAAAGACAAGUGGACCAUCUACGUAGAUGGCGCCUCAAGCAGCUCGGGCAGCGGGGCUGGCAUUAUCUUGGAAAACGGCGAGGGUCUUAUCAUAGAAGUAUCUUUAGUCCUCUCCUUCAACACGUCAAACAACCAGGCCGAGUAUGAAGCCCUCCUCGCGGGACUGCGACUCGCCGAGGACAUAGGAGCACGAGAGGUCAAGAUCUACACUGAUUCCCAACUCGUCGCAUCUCAUAUCAGCGGCGAGUACCAAGCCAAAAACGACGUGCUCGCCGAAUAUCUCACGCUCGUCAAAGAUAAGAUGAAAAAAUUCGCCAAAGCGGAAGUUGAGCAUAUCCCCCGAGAACACAAUUCGCGCGCCGACAUACUGUCCAAACUUGCGAGCACGAGAAAGAAAGGGGGAAACAAAUCGGUUAUCCAAGAAAUUCUGCCCAGGUCAAGUGUAGGCGAAAACGCGCGAGCUCCACAGAUAUUCGCCAUCGGGGACGACCAAUGCUGGAUGACCCCAGUGUACAACUUCCUCACAAAAGACGAGCUCCCCGCCGACGCGAAAGAAGCCUCAACAAUUAAGAGACGAGCGUGCUCAUACACUAUCCUCGAAAAUAAGCUAUACCGACGAGGUUUCUCCAUCGCCUCCUUAAAUGCAUCGACGCCUCGCAAGCACUAG